AUGCACCCCAGCUACAAUUCACGCACCCAGGACAAUGACAUCGCAGUUUUGCGUUCAGCAAGCACCUUCUCAUUCAAUAACAACGUUCGUGCUGGCAACAUCGCUGGUAGCAAUUACAACCUUGGUGACAAUCAAGUAGUAUGGGCUAUCGGAUGGGGCGCAACUUCUGCCGGUGGACCUGCUUCCGAGCAACUGCGUCAAGUACAAAUCUGGACUAUAAAUCAGGGUGUGUGCAGACAACGUUACGCCACAGUCGGCAGUGCUAUCACUGAUAACAUGUUGUGCUCCGGUUGGCUUGACGUUGGCGGUCGCGACCAGUGUCAGGGUGACUCUGGCGGUCCACUUCUUCACAACAACGUCAUCGUCGGUGUCUGCUCUUGGGGUCGUGGCUGCGCACAAGCAUUCUUCCCCGGUGUUAACGCCCGUGUCUCCCGUUUCACAAGCUGGAUUCAGUCGAAUGCU